GACGUACCAUCACAGCUGCAGCCUCACAGUACAGAGAGAUGAUGACAAAAACACACUCAAACACACACACACUUACACAAACACACUCAAACACACACUCACUCACACAAAUACACACACACACACACACACUCUGGGACAGUACGGCCAGGCUGUGCGGUUUGUGACUGAAGGGCUCGAGAUGCGGUUAGCGCGCGCGCGUGUUUGUGUGGAGCUGUGGAGGAACAGGACAGGACAGUAUGGAGUUCAGUAUGGAGCUGAGUUCUGAGUUCAGGGUUUACAGGAGGUAAAAUAUCUGAGCUGAACUUAAAUAUGGAAGAAGGAGAGAUGACAGUGGUGUUGGCUGGGCUGCAGCAGUUCCUGCUGAAGGAAGGUUUGGGUCUUGACGCUUCCGACUGUGAGCGCCUGGCUAUGCUGUGGCGACUCUACUUGGAAAAAGACAAGAGCGUGAGGAUGCUCACUGAGGAGAUACAGGAACUACGAGCUGAACGGGCAGCAGAGAUCAACACUGUUCAGCAGUAUGUUGAGAACAUCCGGAGUCUCUCCAGAACUCGGGACUCAGUGGCGUUGGAGCUGGAGCAGGAUAAUGAAAUGCUCCGCAACAAACUUGAUGAGAUCAGUCUCCAGCAAGGAGCCCAGAGAAAUGAGAUAGCUGAGAUGUUGCUGCAGGAGGGCCUGGCCGAGGUCAUUCCCAGCAGCCUCAGUGAACAGGUGGCUUACCUUCUAGCAGAAAGAGCUUCUCUUAUGGAGAAACUUCAGGCCCAGGAGGGUGCAGACAUGAAUGCCAUGCAAAAAUGUGCUGAAAAGGGAAUUCCACAAAACUCUAAUGAGAACACAGAAAAGGUGGUGUCUGUGCGAGGGCGGAGUUCCCAGAGUCCUUUGAGGAGGCUCCUAGGGAUGAGAAAGACUGCACAAACCAAGCAUAUAUCUUCUCCUGUUACUCAUAGCAGUACCUGUGGGGAGAAAGCAUCAAAAGAGUGUGAGCGCUGGUUGUUGGAGAGGGACCUGGAUGAAGCCUCCAACAGGCUGGACAUGGCUCACAGGGAGAUCCGCCGCCUCACUGAUGAGCUGGAGUCAGCCCGUCUCACUCAGAGAGCCUAUGAGCCAGAGCUACAGGAAGCUCAGCUAGAAGUGGAGCAACUCAGACAGGAGGUGGAGAAGCUCAAACGCUGUGAUGUGGCUGAACUUCGUAGAGCAAAAGAGGUUAAUGACGCUCUGGAUGCAGAGGUCCAUCAGCUGAGGAACAGAGUGCACAGAAUGCAGACAGAACGUUUCCAACUGCUUGAGCUGGUCGACAGAAAAAUUGAGGACUUGGACAAUGAGGAUGAUGAAGUUGUGCAGAAUUUCUUCCAGAAACUGACAAAGGGUCAUGUACUCAGCACUGACCUUCCAUCAAAAGACAAGACAAAUAAAGACAAAGACGUCCAUCAAAGGUGCUGUGCAGAGCUGCAGGAUCUAAAGCAGUCCAGUUUAAAGCUGCAGGCUGAGCUCGGUGAGGAAGAGGUAUUGAGGAAGAAGGCAGUGGAGGAGUGCGAUGACCAGAGUCAGAAAAGAGCAGCAGCAGAACAGCUGAUUCUGGAGGUUCAGGCUUUGUGUGAGCAGAAGGAGGAAGACCACAAGGCUGAAGUCCAGGAACUUCAGGAGAAGCUGGUGUCUCUCAACACUGAAGUGGACCAGCUAAAGUCUUCUCUGCAUAAGGAGCGGGAGAAGGCCAGACAGCAGCAUGCAGCUCUGCAGACUCAGACUGACCAGACCAAAGCCCAAACACAGCAUGCCGAGGCACAGUUCAGGCAGCUGAAUGAUGAACUGAAAACGGCUCAGGACCUCCUCAACCUCACUAAUGAGGAGCUGCUCACAGAGAGUGAGAGGAAUGGCCAGCUUCAGAGGAACAUCUCACUACUUGAGCAGGAGAAAUUGAAGGUGGCUGCUGAUCUACAAAAAGCUCUGUCUAAAGUGACACAGCUGGAACAGAAUGACGCCUCCAGGUCUGCAGAGCUCCAGAACCUCCAGCAAAAGCUCCAGAUUCAGCAGACUCAGUGGGAGCAAGACAAGUCCCUUUUACAGCAAGAACUGAAGGCUAACAGGGUUCAGAUCACCUCCCUGGAGCAGCAGGUUAAAGACCUCCAGCAGCAGCUGAAGAGUGCCACCCAGCAGCUCCGUGUGGAAGAGGCUCAAAAUGCACAGAACUCGAGGCUGGUGGAGAAAGUCAGAGACAUGCUGGAGGAGUUGGACACAUUAAAGAUUCAAGCUGAGGAUGCUCAAAAGCAUAGGGAACACUUGGCAGAGAGAGAGAUGGACCUGCAGCAGCAAGUACAGACUCUGCUCACCAUCAACUCUCAGCUGAGCCUCGCAAAGACAGAACUGAGUCGAGUUCAGGACCAACAGAGUAAAAAGCAAAAUGAUCUCAGGCAGAUCAUUGCAAAGCUGGAGCACAGCCUGAUGUGUAGUCAGCAAGAGAUUGAGAAGCUUCAGAUCCAGCUUCAGGAAGCCCACUGUAACCUGCAGUCGCAGAUCAGCAAAUUCCAAGACAAGAAGGAUCGCCACAAGGAGAAACUUGGUGAAGCUAAAGAGGUGUACCUCAGGGAGACGGCCUGGCGGGAUGAGAAGAUCAAGGAGCAGGACAGAGAACUGAGAGUCCUCAUGAAGAAGAUUGAGAAGGAGAGAGAGAUGGUGAAGAAGGUCACAGCUGAGAAUGAAGCACUGCUUCUGAACAGGAAACAACUGCUUUAUCAGCUGAACGAGGAGGAAGAGAGCAGAAAACAUGCGGUAGCUGAAGUUACGUCUAUGAAGCAAAGGGUGGAUUUUCUUGAGAAAGAUGGAGUUCAGCAAAGGGACUUUAAUAUGAUGAAAUCCAAACAGAUUGCGAAGCUGGAGGGACUGCUACACGAUAAACAGAUCAUUACUAAGGACUUCAAGAAUUUGUGUUCAUUCGAGAACCGAAUAAUUGAGGGCUCCGAUCAAGCAAGCUCCAGUGAACAGGGAUUUGAAACUUUUGACCUUGUUGAAUUCAUCCCGAAGACAAAAUCCAAACCCACAGAUGAUCCUGGAGCUCUGAACCAAAGCCGUGUCUCAGAGAUGGUCUACCUGACCUGAUCAUGGAGAUCUACUCAUACCGCUCUACACACCUACAGCACUGUUGCACAAACAGCACUGUUGGAUGACGUGAACACAAGCAAUACUCUGAAAUUCCAGGAACUGAUUUUGGGAAAAUGAGGCUCUAAACAUAAUGGAUGACAGAGGUGGGACUGAACUACACAGCACAAAGCACUUUACCUUUUUAGAAGGGCUGAUGGACUGUUAUUAUGUGGUUUUGAUUAUUACGAUAAUUUGUAUGUUUUUCUUGUUUUGCUCUUAUUUUUUUUAAAUUAUGCUAUUUAUUAUUGUGCAAUUUAUGUAGCAUGUUUUUCUUAUUUAUGACGAAGCUAAAGCUGAACUGUAUUAUAUUAUAAAUAUAAUAAUAAUAAUGUAAAAUUUUAUAAAUUUGUAUAUAUCUUUUUUUUUUAUACAAAUUCAGCGAAUAAUAAGUAAAACUGUUAUGGAAGAUA